AGUUUUAGAUUUAUUUGGAAGGGACGCUCAUUAGAUAAGAUGGAAUAAAAAUGGAGAUGGAAAUGUAAGAUGAAAUUAAAAAUAGAGGGAGGUGAGAUUCGGAUUAGGAUUAGGGAGCCGCAUAAUUGAAAGAACACACACACACACUCUCUCUCUGAGUCUGCCUUCAAUGGGGCCGGAAUUAGGAAUUUCGAUUCCUUCUCCUCCGCGAAAUCCUUCCUCGCUUUCAUGGGUCAAUCUCUCCAGGAACCUAAUAUUAGCAUACCAGAGCCUCGGGGUGGUGUAUGGAGACCUGAGCACUUCACCUCUUUAUGUCUACUCAAGCACGUUCAUAGGGAACUUGCAGGAUCAUCAGAAUGAAGAUGCAAUAUUUGGAGCAUUUUCCUUGAUUUUUUGGACCCUUACAUUGAUACCCCUUCUUAAAUAUGUGUUUAUCAUGCUGGGUGCAGAUGAUAGCGGUGAAGGUGGCACUUUUGCUCUUUACUCGCUGCUUUGUAGGCAUGCAAAAUUUAGCUUGCUUCCCAAUCAGCAAGCAGCUGAUGAAGAACUCUCCGCCUACAAAUAUGGGCCCUCGAUGCAGGUGGCCACUGGUUCUCCAUUGAAGCGAUUUUUGGAGAAGCAUAAAACGUUAAGGACAGCCCUUCUUGUUGUGGUACUCUUUGGUGCUUCUAUGGUCAUAGGUGAUGGUGUGCUCACUCCGGCAAUAUCAGUUCUGUCAUCAGUUUCUGGACUUCAAGUUACUGAAAAGAAAUUAGCUAGUGGUGAAAUUGUCGUGCUUGCUUGUGUCAUAUUGGUGGGCCUAUUUGCCCUGCAGCAUUUUGGAACACGCAGGGUAGCUUUUAUGUUUGCACCAAUUGUGAUCAUCUGGCUGGUAUCAAUUUUUUCCAUUGGCUUGUACAACAUAAUAUUUUGGAACCCAAAGAUUGUUCGUGCAAUUUCCCCAUAUUAUAUUAUCAAGUUCUUUAGAGAGACAGGUAAAGAUGGCUGGUUUUCGCUAGGAGGGAUCCUUCUUUCAGUAACUGGCACCGAAGCUAUGUUUGCAGACCUUGGUCAUUUCACUGCCUUAUCAAUUAGGCUUGCUUUUGCAUUUGUAGUAUACCCAUGUCUGGUUGUCCAAUACAUGGGUCAGGCUGCGUUCUUGUCAAGAAACCCACAAAAAGUUCUUAACAGUUUUUAUGACUCAAUUCCUGGUCCGGUUUUUUGGCCUAUCUUUGUGAUUGCCACCCUUGCAACUAUUGUUGGGAGUCAGGCUAUUAUAACUGCCACUUUUUCUUUAAUUAAACAAUGCCAUGCCCUUGGAUGCUUCCCUCGAGUCAAAGUAGUUCACACCUCAAAACAUAUACGUGGCCAGAUCUACAUCCCAGAAAUAAACUGGAUACUCAUGAUACUUACUCUUGCAAUAACUAUUGGAUUUCGAAGUACUACUUUAAUUGGAAAUGCUUAUGGACUUGCAUGCAUUACGGUGAUGUUUAUUACAACAUUUCUCAUGGCUCUUGUGGUAACCUUUGUUUGGCAGAAAAGUGUUUUACUUGCUGCUAUGUUCCUUGUGUUCUUCUGGUUUAGUGAAGGGGUCUACUUAUCAUCAGCACUCAUGAAAGUGCCUCAAGGAGGAUGGGUGCCUCUUGUGCUGUCUGUCAUCUUUAUGUUGGUUAUGUACAUAUGGCACUAUGGGACUCGCAAGAAGUACAACUUUGACCUGCACAACAAAGUAUCACUGAAAUGGUUGCUUGGCUUGGGUCCUAGCCUCGGUAUUGUGCGUGUGCCUGGGAUAGGCCUCAUUUACUCCGAACUGGCAACAGGAGUCCCUGCAAUAUUUUCCCACUUUGUCACAAACCUGCCAGCGUUCCAUAAGGUGCUGGUUUUUGUUUGUGUGAAAUCAGUUCCAGUCCCAUAUGUUUCACCAGAAGAACGCUUUCUUAUUGGUCGGGUAUGCCCCAGGCCAUAUCGUAUGUAUAGGUGCAUUGUCAGGUAUGGGUACAAAGAUAUCCAGCGAGAUGAUGGGGAUUUUGAGGACCAGCUUAUACAAAGCAUAGCAGAGUUCAUCCAGAUGGAAGCUGGAGAUGCACAAUUUUGUAGUUCUGAGAGUUCAUCAUAUGAUGGGAGGCUAGCUGUUAUAAGUAGCAGGACCAUCCAAUCAAGCUCGAGUUUAAUAGUUACUGAGAGAGAGGACUGUGAUGGUAUCGAGUCCAUACAGAGCAGCAAAUCCCUAAUGUUACAGAGCUUGCGAAGUGCUUAUCCCGAUGAUGAGAAUCCAGGAGUGAGGAGGAGGCAUGUGAGGUUCGAAGUAGCAGCAAGUCCAGGUAUGGAUACAGGUGUUAGGGAAGAGCUGAUGGAUUUGAUAGAGGCAAAGGAAGCAGGCGUUGCAUAUAUAAUGGGACAUUCAUAUGUAAAGGCCAGGAGAAGUUCAUCAUAUUUGAAAAAGCUAGUAAUAGACAUGGGGUAUUCAUUUCUUAGAAAGAACUGCAGGGGGCCUUCAGUUGCACUAAACAUUCCUCACAUCAAUCUCAUUGAAGUUGGAAUGAUAUACUAUGUCUAGUGUAGUGUGGAUUAUGCCAAGAACCUGAAACAGUUGGUUCACAUUAUUAUUAUUAUUAUUAUUAUUAUUAUUAUUAUUAUUAUUAUAGUUAAUGCACCUCAUCAUAGAGACCCAGACUUUGUAAGUA